GCUCGGGCCUCGGCCCAGGUCAUAGUGCUGUCUGGUAUACAGGACGGUCGCAGCUCCAGCCUCUGCCGCAGUCAGCAGUCACCAGACUCAGCCGCCGUCCGAGCCACAUCACCUCGCUCCGAUCCGACUCGCUCUCUGCCCCAUCAGCCUGCCAUCGUAGCGACCCUCUCCAGGUCACCAUGAAGUUCUCCGUCGCCGUUCUGCUGUUCGCCGCCGCUGCUGCCGUCGUCUCGGCCCAGGAACCGCCGCCGUCCAACUGCAUGAGGUACUGCCGGCGCUCCCGUCUGGAGACGACGUGGGACACCUACUGCUGCCAGAGCUCUGAACACGCCGGCUUCUGCCCGCCGGUCGUGGACGGCUGCCAACCGGGCGAGGCCGCCAAGAGCGCCCCGCGGCCGUGCGAGACCGACUCGGACUGCGCGGAACAGGACAAAUGCUGCAUGGACGGCUGUCUGAACAUGCGCGUCUGCAAGACGGCUAUGCAAGGGUCACCGGUGCCGAUCGUCCACCCCGGCCGCUGCCCGCGCCUGUUCCCCUGCCUAUCGGGGGUGAAGGGGAACGGCCAGCCCCGGCUCUGCGAGGACGACGGCGACUGUGCUCUGCGCGACAAAUGCUGCAGAGAUAGCUGCAUGGAAGACAUGGUCUGCAAGACUGCCGUUCGCGACCGGCGUGUGAUGAUCGCUCAGUGAGCGGAAGAGGCUGAAACACUCGGCUGGAGUGGUUGGGGUUCGUUACUGAGCGAACAAAGACUGGCCAGUGCUCUGUUCGGGUGCACAUUGCGGUGAUGGGAGGUCCGACACUGUCCCACUGUCGCUUUUAAGCACAAAAGUAGUGACUGGUUAACAAGGACACGGUGCUCAAAUAUAUUCGGACGAUUGCCAUGGUAGGGAAUCGGCACUUCAUCGAGCAAACCACCUUCAAUAGAAAUGUAUCAUGGACAAUUUGUACGGUUAACAAUACAACGUCUGCAACGUUUAAGUCGGGUUCGCUUCAUAUAUUGUAUUUAACCGUCACCGAAAUGCACGGUUUCGCUCGCCGAGUUACGAGUGCGUGGCAGCGGUACGGCAGCUUUAUCCAAGGUUUUAUCAUUGUGCAAACGUUCUCCUCCCGUUAGUGCAGCUUACCACGGUGGCAUUGGAGUGCGCUGCCAAUGUGCACAUACCCUCGCUCUUUACCUACAUACAAACAUUAAACAUAAUUCGUUACAUAAAACGAAAUUGCACUUCAAUCUGAAGGUCGAUAUGGCGAAACUCCGCCCAUCAAUCGGAAAAGGUUGGCAAUGCAUAUCUUUAAGACCGCUCGUUAAAGAACAUAAAUUGGAGUUGCUCGAUAAGAAUAUCAAUGUCUUCCAAUAUAAGCGAUGUCGGUAAAAUAAGCAUAGAUAGAAUAUUUAUUUCAUACGUGACGAAAUGCUCAGAAACGAUGCCCAGCAUGAGUUGAUUGACUUUAUGACAUUUCCUCGUGUUCGUCGAACAACUGAUGCCUCAUUGCCACCACUGAAGCCAAUAAACCCCAAUCUCUCGUCUGCCUUCGCUCCGCAGUCCUGUUUCUCUACCG